UCAUAAACCGGAGCCAUCGCCGUCUGUUCAACAUUCGAUGAGUUGAAAUCGGAGCCGAGGAGGACGCGGAGGAGGAGCGGAAUUCCAGCGCAUCUCCAGCGCAUCUCCUGCAAGACGGACCCUCCCGCACGCUUUUCGUGCUCUUCUCGCAGGAAUUCGUCCAGCAGUGUAGCCGCAAUUCUGCGCCGGCUCCGCAGCGAAACGAGAGAUAAGCGAGCUGCUAGCCUUGCUACGCGCGAAAGAAGCUAGCGGGGGGGGGGGGGGCGGUUCUUUUUGUUGUUGUUGGUUAUUUUUUGCGGGCGCAAUUUGGAUGAGCAGCUUCCCUCCCGUUCGGCAUCACAAUGGACCGCAGCGGCACGCUACCUGAUUCUUCAGCCUUUUCGAAAACGACAGAGAGGCGAUGCAAAAAGGAGACUCAGUCCACCGAAGACGGGCGCAGCUCCAACGCCGAGGACCAGAGCGACGACGAGCCGCUGAUUAAGCUCAAGACGAAGAAGAAGGAAAGCAAAUUAUCACCGUUUCACGGCAAAAAAUCCAGGGGUGCAGCGGACCAACGCUCCGACAACGGUCCUCUGGCCAAAGCCAAAACCGGGAAGAAGUCGAUGCCACCGCCCAAGAAAUCGGCGCAGCCCAAGAAGAAGAAAGACGUUCCGAACGAGGACGCGAGCUCGGACGACGAGCCCCUCGGCGCCGUCGCCAAGAAGCUGAAGGGGCGACACGAGGCCAGCGCGCCCGCGGCCACCUCGGCACAAGCCGGCGAGGCCGCGUCCAAAAGGAACGCCGCAAAGAAAAGAGUCUCACCGGCAGUUUUCGUGACUGUUUCCCCCCCCCCCCCAGUCAAAUACACGGAAACUUCCAACGAGAGCUCGGAUGACGACCCGCUGGCGGCCAUCGUGAGGAAAAAGCCGAUCGCCGCCCGGCAGCUGACGCCCGCCGCCAAAUGCGUCAAGAAAACGACCCGAGCCAAGCGCGCCGGCAGAGCGCAGCGAGACGAGGUCGACGGCGGCGAGGACGCGGACGGCGACGACGACGUGCCUCUGACGAACCUCGUCGCCAAGCAGAGGAAGCCGGCCGAGGACAAGAAAAAGGCGGCAAAAAAGACACAAGGCAGCGCCUCCAAAAAGAGACGAGGCCAGUCCGGCGAGAGCUCGGACGACGAGCCCCUCGUCAAGCCGCCGAAGAAAUCCGCAGCCGAGAAAAAGUCCAAGGUGAAAAAAGCGGCUCCGGCUCCCAAGAAGAGGGCGGCGAGUCCCAAAGCCGCCGAGAAGUCGGCGGCGCCGGGCGGAAGCUCCGACGACGACGACGACGAGCCCCCGACGGAAGCCGUCACGUACCCGCAAGUCACCAAAACUCUCCGCAUCAAACUGGAGAGGUGCGAGAUUAAGGAAGCCGCCGCCGCCGCCACGGGGAGCCAAGCGGACUGGCGGCUGGCCAAGGAGCCCGGCGACAAACUCGAGGAGAGUUCCGAGUGACCCUCCGGGCCGGUGUUCGUACCCGUUUCCCAAAAGAAUCUUUUUGGCCGCACGCCUCCGAAAACCGUGUUUAAUGUCGAAAACCAGUUUUAUAUGUGACCGCUCUGAACGAGUCAAUUUCGUCGGCUCCACUUUUUUAGUUUGGGACCAAACGCGGUUUUUUUUUUUUUUUUUUGGUUUGGGUCCAAACGUCAAGUUCUGCCUUUUCCGUUGGCGCUGGCAUGUUUCCUACGUGUCAUUUUACAAUUUGUGCCCGUUUUGUUUGUCUACGGUCGAGUUUUAGCGUUUCCUGAAAGGAAAAUGUUGGAAGUUGCACACGGAUAUUUGUUCGAGCCGUUUCAUUAAUUCUGUGUAAAUUCAGCUCAUU